AUGAGUUACUAUUCUGACGACGAGGAUGUGAAUGUUCGCAUCCGUCACCAUGGCCACUCUCCUCGGCCUGUUAGAUAUGUCGAGCGACCCCGGAAUUAUUAUGGUGUACCUGCUGGACCUAGCUAUCUAGUCCCGGAACAGCACACUACCGUCGUUGCGCGUUCUCGUUCCCACGAUAGAUCCCGUGAUCUAAGAGCCAACCCGCCCAGCCCUGUGCCAACCCCAGCGCAGCCAGUGAUUAUCAAUAACCGGUUCUACGGCGAGCACUCCUCAGAUGAUGAUGACGACUAUCGACGACGUCGCCAAGUCGUUCAUCGUCGUCGCAGCUCCGAUUCGAGGUCGAGGUCGAGGUCGAGGUCACGCCUUACUCGAGAGGAAUGGGAGGCUGAACUUGCUCGCCGUGAACUUGAGCGACUUCGCCUUGAGAAUUCGCGGGAUAGGGAGGAACGUCGCUUGAUAAAAGAGGCUAGAGAUGAGGCCGAACUGAAACGUGCCAAGAGGGAACUGGACGAGAUUAAACAGCCUGAGGCACGGGCCGAGGAGGAGAAGCGCAUCAAGAGAGAGCUGGAGCUGAAACGGUUGAAAGAAGAGGAGGAGGCGGCGGAAGAAAAGAAGCGCCGCGACAAGGAGGCUGCCGAGGCAGUAGAACGCUACAAGAAACUCGAGGCGGAUCGAAUGACUGCGGAAAAACUACGCAAGGAACAGGAAGAAAAGGAAUACAAACGUCGCAUGCAGGAAGACUUGUUGAAAUCUGGCCUGGACGAGAAGGCCAUUUCGGCCAUUCUUGAAAAAAAAAAGGUACCGAAUGCACUUGAGCCAGGCCAAAGGCCCACCUAUACUCGAAUGGCCCGUAGGCAUUUGUCCAUCGAGACCCUAAGGGCCUUCCAUAUCGAGUUUGACAUGGACAAUGACCCCGAGUAUAUCCUGAUUAAGCGGUGGGUUCCAGAGUGGGAGCAGGAUCAAUUCUGGCGGCACACAAAAUACAUCCGUGAGAAACGAAGUAGCACUCUGUUGAUCGAAGAGAAAAAGACACACCGGCACGAACCUCAGUUUGAGUGGGUUCGCAAGAAGAGUGAUCGUAAAAGGAGCAAGUCUCCUGGUGGUCUUCUGAUGUAUCUAGCCGGAGCCAAGCCUGCCUAA